UCAGAAAAAACCGUCAACCAAACGUGGCCUAAGCAAAGACGCUGUGUUUUUAUUCUAUUAAAGAGAACGCUCUCCCUCUCUUCGUUUUCCUGCUCUCCAAGGAAUCAGGAAGAACACAAAAAUCCCGAAAAAAUGCACUCUUUCCUUAAAUAACUCCGAAAGCCCAUUAUUUUUUGAGCUCCAAACAUCUCUUUAAUCUACUUUUUUUUUCUUCUUUUUUGAGAUGAUGGGGUCAGAGAUAACACGAAAUCAAUGGGAAGUAAACAAUGAUAGCAAGGGGCAUGAUUUAUCAUCGAUGGUGGUUCUUCAUGGCAGUCAUGACCACGGUGGAUUGGCUGAGAGAGGCUUCUGUGAUGCGCAGGUGCAACGACAACCGAAUGGAGCAGCAGCAGCUGCAACAACAACAGAUUGGAAUUUAGGGAUCGGAGAAAGAGUUUUGUCUGCUGCUGGUGCUGCUUUUCUGUCUGCUAUUGUUGUUAACCCUCUUGAUGUUGUCAAGACAAGGUUGCAAGCACAGGCAGCUGGAGUUGCGUACUCACACCCACUAAGUAACAUUAUAAGUCGAAUGGCAUAUUUUGGGCCAACCAUGAUGUUUGCUGAUCUUAGGUGUUCGCCAUCAUGUACACGUGCUGGGGUUCAUGGAACAGUGUUGAUUUGUCCUCCAGAUUGUUUUCAGUAUAAGGGAACUCUGGAUGUUUUCUACAAAAUCAUUCGACAGGAAGGAUUUGCGAGGCUGUGGAGAGGUACAAAUGCUGCUCUGGCCCUGGCUGUGCCAACAGUUGGGAUCUACCUACCAUGCUAUGAUUUAUUUCGUAAUUGGCUGGAGGAUCUAACUGCCCAAAAUAUUCCUGGUGCCACACCUUAUGUGCCUUUGGUAGCAGGCUCAUUGGCACGUUCGUUAGCUUGUGCAACUUGCUACCCUAUCGAACUUGCUAGAACCCGCAUGCAGGCAUUUAAGGCAACUCAAACUGGUAAACCUCCCGGAGUUUGGAAAACACUACUCGAGGUCCUCUCCCAUGUCAGAAGUACAAACAAUGUUCAAAACACAAGAGGCUACCGCUUCUUGUGGACAGGCAUGGGAGCACAACUUGCUCGUGAUGUUCCGUACUCAGCAAUUUGUUGGUCAACCCUUGAGCCAAUCAGGAGAAGGCUCCAAAGUUUGGUUGGCGAGGAAUCCAAUGGUUUGAGUGUCUUUGGAGCAAACUUUUCUGCUUCUUUUGUCGCAGGAAGUCUUGCUGCUGCUGCUACAUGCCCUCUAGAUGUUGCAAAAACCCGCAGGCAGAUAGAGAAGGAUCCUGUCAGAGCAUUGAGGAUGACUACCCGGCAAACAUUGAUGGAAGUUUGGAGGGAUGGAGGAAUAAGGGCACUGUUCACAGGUGUUGGUCCUCGUGUUGGUCGUGCCGGGCCAUCUGUUGGGAUUGUAGUUUCAUUUUAUGAAGUUGCGAAGUAUGCUCUACAUCACCGAUAUGCGACUUCAGAAUAAAUUGGGAUUGGUGUCCUCACAAGUUUUUUGGUUCUUGCGGAAGCAAUGUUUGGUGACGCCAUGGGAGCAACACUUGACAUUGGAAAAACAGCCAGUAGUAGCUUAUGUGAAUAAUAUAAAAGCAGAGAAGAAAUGCAGUUUAAUCAUGUUUUAGGUGCUUUUCUCUAGGCCUGGAAGAGUAGGAUUGAAUCUUUCUUUUGAUCAUCCAAUUUUGUCCUUAGCGUCUACUGCUCCAAAGAAGGAGAAAUUUUGAUACUUGGGGAAAUUUUCUCCCAGCAAAUUUUUUUUCUGAGUUGACCUCAGUUUACAAA